AAGAAGAGCCACUGCAGAGUGUUUUUGAGUGGGUAGCAGAUAACCACAAACCACAGAAUCAACUCGUUUUUGGCUUGAAGAAGAACGUCUGCCGUAACGACAGACCGCACAGAUUGUGCGAACCUCACGCAAGGACGAACCAGCGCGUAAAUCAACGAUCUCUCCGAUCGAUCUCAACGAACUACCGGAAGCUUCCGGGGGGGGAGAGUGUAUUCGGCGGAGAACGUUAUUUUCAUUGGAAGUAGUUGCCGGCAGUCAAAACACGUCCAGUACAUUAGGGAUAGUAUGUUGCAAUAAUGCCGUACAAAUGGGAGCAACAAAAAGAUCAUGUUUUGGCAGAAGCAAUUCGGUCCAGGCAGCGUCACAUGUAAGCAACAGUCAAGACAACCAGCAGAGUACGAGAGUUUCCACCACGACGAGUAGCCAGCAGGUCAGCAGCAGCAGCUACCGUGUACGGAGAUUGCGUUCCGCUAGUCAAUCGACAUCGUCUACAAGCCUGAACAGCAUCAACAACAACAACAACCCCUGCAUUAGCAGCAGCGCGAGUCAAAGUGCAAGUGGUGCCUGCAGUACCGCCAGCUCGAGUGGUGCAGGAGGUAGUAGUGGAGGUGGUAGUAACAGCAGCACCAGCAACGUGCUCAACAACAAUAAUACGAUCACGUACAACCACAACAACUGCAGCACACUAAGACACCAGCGGCAUCAUCAACAUCUUCUUCACACGACACGAUCGAGUACUUCCGGUACGAACCAAACGGCAGCCAACACGGGGGCUCUAAUCUCAAGAGUGUUUGACCACAGCAGCAGUAGUAGCAGCAGCACCACCACCACACCAAACACCAACGCCAACGCCAACGCCGGCAGUGGUAGCGUCGUGCCCGCCACGGCUUCAUCAACUCCUUCGGUAGGCGGAUUGGCAAACAACACCACCAGUGGUGGAGGAGGAGGAGGAGCGGCAACAGGUGGAAGUUUUCACCGUCGCGCAUCUCCCGGGGAUAAAAAAUCGCAUCAGCAGAAAAACGAUGACAAGAUGGACGAAAGACGGCAAGCACAACAACAGAAGACGCCCAGCAAGCAACACCAGCAGCAGCCGCGUGACACAACGCCGACUAGUCGGAAGAACAGGAAGGAUUCAGAUGGAGCAGCCAGUGAAGCAGCGUCACCAAAGAAAAGAAUCUUCUCGCACCAACGACAUACGAUAAUGUCGAAGGCGGCAAACAACACCGCUGCCGCCGCGACGCCGACCACCGCGGUGGUGGAUGCUACUGAGCAGGUGGAAGAAUCCAUCGUCAUCGAGGAUGAAGGCAAACGGGAAGUGGACGAGGGCACGGUCGAGGAUGACAAUUCCUCCUGCGGCGUCGUGCCACCGUUGGAUUCAGCGGUGAAGGAAGUGGAAGAAGCCGGGGAGAAGCCGCACGACUCGCCGGCGGACGCUGUCGCCAUGGAGGAAGAGAAGGAAGUUCGCCGCUCGAAGGCACUUACCAAUGACUCCGGUAUCGAGGGGGAAGGUCAUCAGCUGUCCAACCACCAUCUCGAGGACAACUCGAGGACGACGGAUGAGGAGAAAGAUUCGUGCGUUGGAAGCAAGGAGAAGGUAGAGCACGUAGAGGAUGAGGAGGGUGCUGUACAGUUGCGGUCGUCAGAGGCGGCACAGCAACGCCGGGAGGAGGGAGCAUCGUGCGAAUCGGAUGGAUCGCAAACCCGCACCAUCCUACGAUUCGUGCGGAAGAGCCUGGAGAAUACUGCCAUGUCGGUGAUGUACUCCGAGAACGGUGUGUGCACCGAGACGAUCGAAACGGAGUACCCACGCAACCUGGACGAUAACAUCGAGAUACUGAGCCGGGAGGCGGAAAAUCUCGCGCUGCAGUUUAAACCCGCGGACGAGAAGCUCGUCUUUGGGCCAAUCUUUGAUCUUGAAAAGUUUGAGGAGCAGCGCAAGCAGCAAAAGAAAGAGGACGACGAGGACGAGGCCAUCGGAAUUUCACCGUGCGGGCGGUUUUUGAAGUACGACAAGGAGGUUGGCCGGGGGUCUUUCAAGACCGUGUACCGGGGUUUGGAUACACAGACCGGCGUUGCAGUCGCUUGGUGCGAGCUGCUGGAGAAAAAAGUGAACCGUGUCGAAAGGGCACGUUUUCGGGAGGAGGCCGAAAUGCUGAAGAAACUGCAGCAUCCGAACAUUGUGCGCUUUUACAACUACUGGGAGGCGGCACCGAUGGCCGGAAACAAGAAGAAAAACAUAGUUCUGGUGACCGAACUUAUGCUAUCCGGCACGUUGAAAUCCUACUUGCGACGGUUUAAGAAAAUCAACCCGAAAGUACUGAAAUCCUGGUGUCGGCAAAUAUUGAAGGGUUUGCAUUUCCUACAUUCACGCACGCCGCCAAUCAUCCAUCGUGAUUUGAAAUGUGAUAAUAUUUUUAUAACCGGAACGACAGGGAGUGUUAAAAUAGGUGAUCUAGGAUUAGCCACGCUGAAGAAUCGCAGCUUCGCCAAGUCGGUGAUCGGCACACCGGAGUUUAUGGCACCGGAGAUGUACGAGGAGCACUACGACGAGGCGGUCGAUGUGUACGCGUUCGGCAUGUGCAUGCUGGAGAUGGCCACGUCGGAGUAUCCGUACAACGAGUGCAACACACCGGCCCAGAUCUACAAGAAGGUGACGUCGGGCGUGAAGCCGCAGAGCCUCGAGAAGGUGGAAAAUCCGGAGGUGCGCGAAAUCAUCGAGCGGUGCAUCCACGACAAGAAGGAGGGCCGGCCGACGUGCAAGGAGCUGCUGAAUUUUGAGUUUUUCUGCGAGGACAUCGGCAUCCGAUUGGAGCCGAUAUCGAAGGAGGCCUUCCUGGCGAGCCCGGACAACGUGCGGAUGGAGUUUCGGUUGCGCAUCAUGGACCCGAAGAAGCGCGUCAACAAGCACAAGGAGAACGAAGCGAUACAGUUCGAUUUCGACAUCCGCGUGGACGAUGCGGACGAGAUUGCGAGCGAAAUGUACAAGUCGGGCAUACUGAUGGAGGACGACUCGAAGACGGUGGCGAAAAAUCUCAAGGUACAGAUACAAACGCUGCUCAAGGAGCGGGAAGAACGUGCCCGUCAGCAGCAGGUCGAGCAGGAGAAGGAAGUGCUGCAAAAGCAAGCCCUCCUAGCGCAGCAAAUGUACCAGCAACAGCAAAUGCAGCAGCAGAUGGAGAAUGAUCUGCAGGUUACGGAGCUGCAGGUACCACAGUUGCUAAACCAGCAGAAUACGGUUCUACCAGCACAACAACAACCACAACAACCGCAGCAACAAGUUCCACAAAAUUACUACCAACCCGCGUCGCUUCCGGCAGCGCAGGCACAACAAAUAAUUUAUCAGCAACAGAUUUCGGCACCGGUCGGUAAUGAACAGCUAAAGCAGCAGCAACAACAGCAACAGAGCUAUCAGCAACAGCCUCCACCUAUGGGAGGUGGUCAGUACAUCGUAAACCAAUCGAUUUCGAUGCAACAGCAGCAUCCCUUACAGCAACAACAAACGCAACCACAGCCACAGUUCCUUAAUCAAAUGACUCCAUCUCAGCAAACACAAGCGGUUGUCAACCCGCAGCAGCAGCCGUACGUGCAACAGCAGAUAUAUAUUGACCCGCAACAGCACCAACAGCAACAACAGUAUUUGCAACAGCUUCAGCAACAACUGCAGCAGCAGCUAAGCAACCCCCAGCAAGGCCAAUCGCAAGGCUCCACUACGAUGCAGUUUAUGAACCAAAUCGGCUCGCAGCAGCUGGCGCAGCAAAUCUUUCAACUGAAGCAGCAAAACUUUGCCAUGUUUCAACAGCAGCAGCAGCAGCAGCAGCAAGCGGAGCUUCAAGAACAGAUUUCCACCCUGGAGCAACAGCUGCAGGGAAUCCUCCCCAUUCAUAACCAACCGGGGCAGAUUAUCCAACAACAGCAGCAACCGAUGCAAACAACGGUAUACGUACAACAGACACCGCCACAACAACAACAAGCGCCUCUCAUGCACGGUCAGCCGAUUCAAACGACCGGGCAGCCAGUUUACUUACCACAGCAACUUACGGAUCCUUCGGUACAGCUACAUCAAUCCAUGCCAACACAGUUGGGAACACCACAGCAACAGCAGCAACCGCAACAGCAAAGCUCUUCGGCAAUCAUUAUGCAUCAUCCUCAGCCGCAACAAGCACAGGUUUUACCCCAACAGCAGCUUUUCGUUCAGCAGCAGCAGCAGCAGCAGCAGCAGCAACAACAACAGCCUCCAAUUAUGCAGCAGCAGCCGAUGCAAACCACUCAAACAACACAGACGAUGCCAAUGCAACAGAUUCUACAACAAUCCCCAGCCCCAUUGCAGGUACCAGCGCAACAGCAGCCACUACUACCCCCUCAACAACAGCCGAUCGUGGAAGCGCCUCCUCCCGUAGCGCUGGCUAACGAGAAUGUUCAACUGCAACAACAGCAACAGCAGCAGCAACAGACGAUUGUCCCGCAAGAGCAGCAGCAGCAAACGGUGUUGUUGAGCAAUGUUCCAUCGAUUAACUCGAACGGUGGAGCUAUGGCUUCGGCGGUUGCGAUAGGAACCGCCGCCACAACAACAACAACAACAACAGCGGGUGGUGGUACGCCAGGCACUCCCGGUCCACUCGAUCAACCAGCCACGGCCGGCACGCCGGUCAUGCCUGCCUCACAAGCAGCGCUUCCGAAGCGGCUGACGAAUGAAAUUAAAAAACGACGCAACCAGCGUUCGACCGAGCGAAACCCGAAGCUGCACGUGCUCGGCUACGAAAACAACAUCAUCGAGUGCGAGAUGGAAAACCGUGCGAAAAAGAUCAAGUUCAAGUUCGAUCCGACCAACGUCAACACGGUGGAGGUUGCUCGUGAUCUAGUCAGCGACGACCUACUGAGCGAGUCACAGACGACAGUUUUCAUCGAAAUGGUACGCGACAUCCAGCGGCAGCUGAAGGAAAAUCCCAACCAACUGCCGGUCGCCUCCCAGUGCUACCGACGUUCGUCGGAGAAGGUGCGCCAUGCGUCUCUAACACGUCAGCGUUCGACCUUUAAAACACACCAGAGACACAGAUCUCGUGACGAAACAUCAACGACCGCGUCCAACUUUACGCACAUCUUCGAUCCAACGAUCAUCGAACGGCAAGCGCUGGGAACGGGCAUUUCCAGCACGACGACCUCAUCGUCCUCAUCGUCUCCCUUGUCACAGCAGCAGCCCGCUUCAGCGAUCACUACAUCGCAGACAAACGGUGAACUGGAGAAGACACCAUCGCUGGAUGGCGGUGACACGGUUGCACCGACAGGUUCACAGGUUCCUCCAUCGCAGCAGCCGGACGUGGAGUAUAAUAAUGACGCUAACAUCCAACUGCAGGCGGCAGCUACCAUUACGAGCGUGGUGACGUAUACGAUGGACGACGGAGCCAACGAUAACAACAGCAGUUGCGAUGAAAACUCGCGAAAAGCCAGCACCGUCAGUACGGAUUACACGUCGCACGAAAACACUCCAGAAAAUACGAUCACAUCGGGCAGCAAUUUGAGUAUCCUACAUCAACGGCUCAGUUUCGGUGAGCCCGGUGACCAGCAGCAACAGCAGGCAGACGCGAACGGUCCGGGUGGAAACGGUGGUACAACCGACGUAGAGUUUGCCGAGCAGAACUCGACCAAGAUCGAGAAGAUGGAUCGUCCAGAGACUAUAUCUAGUUCAGUGCCAUCAGAAACCACAACAGCAGAAGCUAUCAAUUCCGCCAGCACCCAAGAAGAUGGCGGCGGACCAACGUUUGAUAACCAACAACAGCUACCGGUGGCCGAAUCUUCUAGUCAAAGCAUACAUUCGUCACCGGCGCUAAAUGGCGCGACAGUUGAGGCUAUCCGGGCGGCAGGUGGACCACCGUCUAAGACUGAAGAAGGGCCAGCCUCAGCAAUGGAUGGAGCAAACAUUGAGUCUCCCUUGUCGGAACAAUGUAGGACGCCGGUCGCAACUACGCCGCAGCUGAAACAGCGUAAACUGUCACGGUUUUCCGUGACACCAGUGGUCCUUUCGGUGGCCGUUGGAGGAGCCGCGGCAGAGCAGAAUGAAUGUCUCCCUUCGACGGUGGAUGCGUCUCCUAAACCUUCUACUUUCGGUACGGGAGACACAAACAUCGUGACCGAUAGCGCGGCUUCUGGAGGAGACAUGCCACCAGCACCCUAUGCUGGAACUGUCCAGCAGCCACAACAACAACCCGCUCCGGAGAACUAUAGCACCUUUCAGCCCGGGCAAGGUAUGGAAGCAAACACUCAAACUCAGUUGCAUGAUGCAUUACAACAACAGCAACAGCAGGUGUAUCUGCAGCAACAAUCUUUAGAUCUUGAAUUACAACAGCAACAACAGCAGCAGCAGCAGCAACAGAUGCUACAACAGCAAAUGCAACAACAACAACAACAACUUCAGCAACAGCAACAACAACAACAACAACAACAACAACAACAACAACAGUUGGCUAUCCAGCACGCCCUCCUUCAGCAACAGCAGUUGCAAUAUCAGCAACAGCAGCAGCAACAGCAACCGACUAGUAUUUCCACCGCGGGUGGCAUGAUAAUACCUAUGGAAGCCGAGCCUUCAUACGACUUACAGCAACAAUACUAUCAGCAGCAGCAGCAGCAGCAGCAACAACAGCAACAGCAAUUUCAGCAAUAUCAACAUAUACAGCAGCAGGCGAUCAUUCAACAGCAAUUGCAAAACCAGCAACAGCAGCAGCAUCAACAGCUGAUGCAACAACAACAACAACAACAGCAGCAACAACAGCAACAACAGCAAGUUCAGAUGGCGCAACAGAAUAUCCCUGCCAGUGGAUUGAUGUCAACGCAGACAUCCAUCGAUCAGGGAGCGCGAGAUUCGAUACCCAACAGCAGCAGUCGCAUGCCGGAAACUCUGGAGCAGUUAAAAAUCGGUCUCGAAAAUAUAACACACGUGCAUGUGAACACAAACAAAUCGGGCGGGAAUGCUGGUGGUGGAUCAACCGGUCUUUCCUCGCAGGCCAGCACUAACGCAUUGUCGGCGAUGGUUUCUCCUCAUCCUGCGCCGUACGCCAUGCAACCCGGAACCAAUACGUCCGACCAGCAACAACCGCAGCAGGUGAUCAUUUAUCAGACGCAAGAGUAUAUCUUAUCGGACCCGAACUACCAGACGGCUGAAGGGGAUCAGUUUGCUUCUCGCACGCAAGAGUACAUCGUGGAGGGUACGAGCUAUGCGGCGGUGGUGGCCGGAGAGUUUCAACCACAGCACCCGAACGUGGCCCAUGCAGCACCUGAUCAGUCCAACGUCGAGCUACAGCAAAAACCGAUUGUUUCGAGACGUACCUCGGCCGAAAUAAAUAGCACACCGGCAAUACCAGUAACGGACGCUCCGGUCGGUGAGGUGACGGAUGCUGGCACACCAAACGCUGCCACGGUGCAGCGAGAACAGGAGAGGCAACUGUCUAACCAGAGCAGUAUAGAUCGCAUCGAUAGCCUUGUUGGUUUGCAACUGAAGCUAGCACAACUGACAGUUGGCUCUGAAACACCGAAGUCGGCUGUUGUCACAACGGACAACGCGCAAUCCUUGCAUCCCCAGCAACAGUCCGCCGUAACUAGCCCCUCGGUAGAGCAGGUGGAGCCAAAGUUUGCGAACGAAGCGAAACCGCUCAUUCGCAAAGUGUCCCGCUUUCAGGUGCAAACCGUACAAGAAUCUCCUCGCGGGGCGGUAACCGCAGACACGAAACCGCACCGUAAACUGGCAAUGACAAUAAAUCCGCAGGAAUACGACAGUCCGAACUGUACCGCUUUUUCAUCACCGACGGAUGAAAAGUCUUGUCAAACAUUACCAUCCGUGCAGCAGCAGCAACAACAGCACGGAGCGCUGGUCUGUGAGGUUCCUACCACUAACGAUCUGGAGGCUAAGCUAAACCAAGUUCUCCCAAAGACACCGAACAUGGAAUCGGCGGCACCAAAUUUCAAUCUGACACCAUCGCAACAAAUGAUGCAGCAUCAACAACCGCAACAAAAUGCGUACGUCGCCCCGCUGCAGCAACAAACACAAGUUCCAAUGGCCAGUCAAACACAUAUGAUGCAACAACAGCAGCCACAGCAGGGACAUCAGGGGCUUCAAAUUCAACAGACGCCGACGCAUAUGCAAACGCCGGUUGCAAUGCAAGCUAACGCGGGCAAUACAGUUCAUAUGUCGAUGGUCGACGGUUCUGGCUAUGCUCCAGUUCAGCAGCAGCAGCAACAACAACAACCAACUCAAGUAUUGCCAGCGCAACCAGCACCUCCGCAGCCUCAGCAGCUUCCACCAGAGCCCUCGUUUACCAACGCUGAUAUAGGUCAAAAUCUGGUUGCCAUUCAGAACCACCUAUGCGGGCUGCAGCUGCUACCCAGUGCCCGGCAACAGCUUCAACUGUUGCUCCAAAGGCAGCACAUCGAGCACGAGGAGCUGAAGUUGCGUCACUUCCUCGAACUGGAAAAGUUCCUCAAGCAGCAGAAGGAAGACAUGAAACCAACGCAGGUAGCGCAACCGGCCCCCUCUGGACCACCCCCAACCCAAGCAGCAGCUGCCGUUGGCACACCCCCUCAGCAAAUGAUCUCAGCUCAGCAUGCCACGCCGGGUCAGCCGACCGUCGCACAACCGGUUCCACCUACUCCAUCGGUUCCCAUCGGAGUACAACCAGUCCAGCAGCAGCAGCAGCAACAAGUUCUGAUGGCGACCGAUCUUACCUCUCCCACAAUGGUCGUCAAUCGUAUCGGUUUUGAAAUGCCGGGCAUGACCGCGGGAUCAUCGUCGUACAGCAGUGCCAGCUAUACGAGCACCAUCGGCAGUACUGGCAGUGGAACUGAGAACGACCAAGAAGUGGCUGCACUGACGGCCGCUGCUGUCAAUGUGGAGGCGGUAGUUGCCAUGCAACAGUUACAGUUGCAGCAACAGCAACAGCAACAGCAACAGCAACAACAACAGCAACAGCAACAGCAACAGCAACAGCAACAGCAACAACAACAGCAACAGCAACAGCAACAACAACAGCUGCAGCAACAACAACAGCUGCAGCAACAACAACUACAACAACAGUUGCAGCAACAACAACAGCUACAGCAACAGCAACAACACCAACAACAGUAAACGAAUCUGGCCACGGUCUCGGCUACUAUUGGAUGUAAAUAUUUUUUGCGAUUACGCUCGGGUCAAUAGUUUAUCCGCGUGUAUGUGCGAACGUGUGUUAGAAAAUAAGGAAGGAUUGUUUUAAACUCUAGAUUGGUCCCCCAAUGUCGACCAGUUUCCUCACAUAAUGGCAAUGGUCAGUCACAGCACUGAUGAUGAUCCCAUGAAAUGGCAUUCGUUUACUACUAUUACUACUACUACUACUAUUACUACUAUAACUACUACUGCAAUGCAUCGAUCUCAUUCCAUAUUCCACUGUUCGAAGCAAAUGUGUACCGUCUCCGUGCUACUAAACAUCGUCUCGACACUUACCGCUGUACCCCGGUGGCAUUUCGGGGCACUUGUCAUACUUCUGGAGGAGGAAAUAUUUGAUAAUCGUAGUAGGUCGAGAAUUUUACUUAGACAGACAGCGACUACUGUUUUUGUUCCUCAAAAUUGCACACGAUAUGAAUGCUUGGAUCGAAAAAGAGAUUUAUAUUGACGUUACAAUAAUCCAGUUAAACGUGUAGGAACGUGUAGACGAACGUGAAGGAAUAGACCACAGAACCGGUGAUGGCGAAGAGUUUGUUGUGCUGUUGCGUUGUAAUGCUGUUUGGGGAAACUAGCGGUCCGGUUCACAACGGAAAGAACGGUGGCUGCCGUAUGCCACGCGCGCCCGCGUAUACAUUAAAAAUACUAUGCAUAUGGAUAUGUUUUAACGAUAUUAUAACCCUAGCCUCUAGCUUGUGUGCUUGUUGUACGCAUUCAGUGCCCUACGGUAGUGAUCCACCCAAUUGUACUCGUCUUCUGUCCCUUCCUCGGAAGCGAACAAGAAGCUCACGGAAUGACAUUUGGUAUAGAGACAAACUCCCUUUAGCGCCACGGCCGGCCAAAUUUGACGAGGCAUCAUGGACGAACGAGUGAAGACUUGAUGAUUGAAUAAGCUCCAAAUUAAAACGAAAUUGUCAGCAAUGAGGAAAUGAAGCUGCUGACCCCCUGUAUCUGUAAAUGUUUGAGUGGGUGCAUGUGCUUAAACCAAAAUUGUAUCACCGGAUUUGCUGUUAUCAAACAAAAACGUACGUACUAUAUAAUGAGUAAUGUGUGCGUAUAUAUGGCUGUAGCAAUGGCAAAAUAGGGCAUCCUUCUUCCCGUAUGAUAGGCAUGAGAGAGAAAAAAAAAGCUUAACGAAAUGGUCUAAAACAGCGUGCAGGUGCAUCAUAUAAUACACCGCUUUCACCUGUCGUGGAUAAACUAGCUUCCUAUCUUCCACAAUAUAACAUACAGAGAGAAGUCAGAAAAAGGGGAAAACUACAAAAUAUCGAAGAAAGGAUCACUAUAAAUAGCGUCCUUUGCGUGCUUGGUUUGGAUCGUUUUUGAUACGCGUGUGUAGAUCGUUAUGUGCUAAUUGCAAUGCAACGAACUGCUUCUGAAAAUGGGAGUGAAGAGAGAAAACCUAUGAUAGCAUAUACUGGACUAUCUUAUGAUAGAGAUUAACGCCGACAAAGCGGCGCGCUGUUGCAUCGAGGCGAGGGAAAGAUGUGAAACAUGAUAGCAACACGCCUCUAUGGGGCUGCAUAAUUGGAAAUAGUGACAGGCAUGAGAACCAGAACUGACAGGGUUACAACAAAAAUCUACUGUAUUAUAUACUAUUCGAUUAAAUUAAGAUAUUAAAUAUCUAUUCAAACCC